AUGCGCACCGCGCAUAUACCCACCUAUGUACAGACCAUCCAGCGACUAUUGUCGGCAGGCGGCGGACACAUUUUGGUUCUUCUUGACCUCCAGAUGGUGUAUGUCAUCGACCACACAUUACCACAAUACGGGCAACGCGGCGACCGCCUCCACCUCAUGGACGAGUCCCAUUGUGUGUCUAAGAGGGAGAUAGAGGAUACGCGUGCAUCGGAUGCGUAUGGCGAUCAACGGGCGGGUGCCUCGGACUACAUAAACGAUUCCGACGGCUCCCGCACCCUUGGCGUCGACGCUCUCGCACCCUUCGGGCUCAUAUCUCGCGUCCCAUGCGUACUCCUAUCCGUCGGUCGACAUGAACGGCAUGCCCACACGGACGCCACACACGCGUCUCUCGGUGGACCCCGCACACUGGUAGGGUCCCCCGAUGCCCCGCCGCAUCAGGGCGGGUCGCCGAUUUACCUCCAUCCAGAGAGUUACGGUGGAUCGACAAACAAUGGUUACUUUGACGGCGUUCAAGCAUCUUCAUACGCCACAUUCAACGACGAUGAGUGGACAACACACCCAUUCGACCCCACAUUCAAUCCAACUCCUCUUUCGAUGCAAGGCUCACCUUUCGAGCCGUCACCACCGUCGAAUGUGCAGAUUACGUCCGUGCCUGUAAAUGAUGCACCAUCUGCUUCUUCACCUCCGGAGAGUUCGCCGCCAUUGCGCCCCGUUGUCGGCCAGUGGGGCCAGGAGUGUGGCCUCCCCUUGGACGACUGGGGACUGGAGCGGUCAUUCAUGCCACCCAGAACGACCAACGCGCCCGCGGACAACAAACACAGUCGGUCGAUCGUGUGCCUCCGCCGGACUGCAACUCCGCAGCGCCGGUCGAUCCCUAUUGCCCCGUUGUCUCGUCACCCGUCGGUCGUGUGGCCGAACGAUUACCCAAACAAUGGGUCACAACCAGGCAAGAGCGACGCCGUCAUCAUGGGAGGCAGGGAACGCACACUGUACGCCCGAGCCACUCGUGGAGCCAUGGACCAGCCUCAGGUUCGUCGAGAAGAGUUGAAGACGGAGGCAGAUCGUGGCGACGAGACCAGCCUGCACCUCACCAGCAGGUUGAAGAAGUCACUUCCAAUCCUCUUCAACUACCGAAUUGGGUCGAUUGAGCUCGUAUGGAAGCAUUGGACGUACUGGGAGCCGCAUCCGCGAGAGGCGGAGCUCGAUACCGGUGCUACGAGUGCAAGUGCAGGUGAACGAACGGGGGAAUACGUCCUGCGCCCGUGGUAUCAAAGAGGCAUCGCCGUUGCUCUGCAAAUGGGCUUCGGUGGCUUCAUCGGCGGCCUCCUCCUAGGCACCCGCCAACGAGACGUCCGCAGGAUGUUCCUACUACCCCGCACCUGGCCCCCUGCGCCCAAAGCUGCGGCCCUGCCAAGACCCAGCCGCCUUCCCCCAGCAGCAGCGAGUCCGGAGAAGACGGAAGAACGAUGGCUCAUCCUCCAGUCGCUCAUCAAUAUGAACUUCACCGGGAAGGGGAUCGCGGUGCCAAUGAACCAGUGCGACCUCGGGAAGGGCAGGGACGACUCCGAGCUCAAAAUCAAGGUCAACGGCAUCACGACCCCGUUCUUGGUGCGUUUGGACGGCAACAGUAAGGUGUGCGGAGAAAAGCUUUCGGUUGGGCAGGCGCGGGACGAGAUCUUCAAGUGGUGGUAUGGGGAGGCGUUGGGGAAGAAGCUGCGUGGUAGUGAGCGAUGGAAGGAGUUGCCGUGA